CAGAUUGCUGCCCGUUCUUUGGUUGCCGUGACUGAAUACCUUCUUGUUCGAGCAGUCGGGCAAACUCAAUCCACGAUGCCGGCUUCCUGUCAGGAUAUCAGGAACGCACUGGCGCAAUGCCUCCAGGAAUCCGACUGCAUCAUGGUCCAGCGACACAGCCCGCGGGAGUGUCUCAGUGACCCUCACGUCGACCAGCUUCCGAUGCGAUGCCAGCAGCUGCGGAAGGGCUUCAGCGAGUGCAA